CGAAGGUGCCGGGCGCCGGGCCCUCCCCGCCGGCGCGGCCGUCAUCGCCGGAGCGGGUGCGCGGCGGGAGCGCGGGGCGGGCGGCCGCGGGCAGAGCCGCCGCGCAGGAACAGGAGGAGGAGAAAGGGUGCGCAGCCCGGAGGCGGGGUGCGCCGGUGGGGUGCAGCGGAAGAGGGGGUCCAGGGGGGAGAACUUCGUAGCAGUCAUCCUUUUUAGGAAAAGAGGGAAAAUAUAAAGCCCUCCUCCACCGCCGCCUUCUCCCCACCCCUCGCCGCACCACACACAGCGCGGGCUUCUCGCGCUCGGCACCGGCGGCCCGGGCGCGUCCUGCCCCCAUUUAUCAAGCAGCUUCUCGGGAAAUGCAUUUGCCGUUCGGAGUUUAAUCAGAAGAGGAUUCCUGCCCCCGCGCGCGGCUCGUCCCGCGGCCCCGGCCCCCGUCUCUCUGCUGUGGAGGCGCGAAGCGGUCCCGUGGACAGAGAUCCAUGUCCGUGCCCGCGCGCGUGUGUGCGUGUGUAAAUUGCCGAGAAGGGGAAAAUCACAGGACUUGGGCAAAAAUACUGGACUGAAAAUUGUAAUUCAUCUGCCGCCGCCGCUGCCUUUUUUUUCUCGUGCUCUUGAGACCUCCGGUUGGGAUUCCUACGGCUUGACAUUUCUGUGAAGGCGAAGUCUGGGAAUCGUACUGGAAAUUCUCCUAAUUUUUACACGCCCCCCGCGCCCCCAACUCCUGAUUCAUUGGGAAGUUUCAGAGCAGCUAUAACCGGAGAGUUCUGAAGAUUGAUGUAAUCUUUGCCUUAUGCAUUUGUUUUGUUUUCACAAAAAAGGAAACUUGACAGAGGAUCAUGCUGUCCUUAAAAAAUACAACAUCACGGAAGAAGCAGACUGAUAUUAACAAUAAUUAUUAAUAGUGUGCCUCAUGAAAUAAAGAUCCGAAAGGAAUUUGGAAAAAAAUUUCCUGCAUCUCAUGCCAAGAGGGUAACACCAGAAUCAAGUGUUCCGCGUGACUGAAGACACCCCCUCAUUCAAGAAUGCAAAGCACACCCAAUAAAAUAGCUGGAUUAUAACUAUUCUUUCUUUCGGGGUGUGGGGCGGGAGCGGGGGCGAAAGGUGCUUUCGGUACCCGGCUGCUUUUCCUCGGGGGAAGGAUGGCGCACGCCGGGAGAACAGGGUAUGAUAACCGGGAGAUAGUGAUGAAGUACAUACACUAUAAGCUGUCGCAGAGGGGCUACGAGUGGGAAGCCGGAGGUGCGGGCGCAGCGCCCCCCGGUGCCGCCUCCGCGCCGGGAGUCUUCUCCUCGCAGCCCGGACACACCCCUGCGCCCGCCAGGACCUCGCCCCCGCCGCCCCCGGCCGCCCCCGCCGCCGCCGCUGCGGGGCCUGCGCUCAUCCCCGUGCCACCUGUGGUCCACCUGACCCUGCGCCAGGCCGGCGAUGACUUCUCCCGGCGCUACCGCCGCGACUUCGCCGAGAUGUCCAGCCAGCUGCACCUGACACCCUUCACCGCAAGGGGACGCUUUGCCACGGUGGUGGAAGAGCUCUUCAGGGAUGGGGUGAACUGGGGGAGGAUUGUGGCCUUCUUUGAGUUCGGUGGGGUCAUGUGUGUGGAGAGCGUCAACCGGGAGAUGUCGCCCCUGGUGGACAAUAUCGCCCUGUGGAUGACUGAGUACCUGAACCGGCACCUGCACACCUGGAUCCAGGAUAACGGAGGCUGGGACGCCUUUGUGGAACUCUAUGGCCCCAGCAUGCAGCCUCUGUUUGACUUCUCCUGGCUGUCUCUCAAGGCCCUGCUCAGUCUGGCCCUGGUGGGCGCCUGCAUCACCCUGGGUGCCUACCUGGGCCACAAGUGAGGUCAGUAGGCCCGCCACAGAUGAAUAUGCAAAAGGUUCACUAAAGCAGUAGACAUAUAUGCAUUGUAGUGUCUGACCACCAGACGAAGCUGUGGUCUCUUCAAAACAAAAACUAAAACAACAGAAACAAAAACAGCUUUCAGGCUCAACUUCGAAUCAGCUAUUUACUGCCAAAGGGAAAUACCAUUUAUUUUUUACAUUAUCAAGAAAAAAAGAUUUAUUUAUUUAAACAGUCCCAUCCAACCUCUCGUCUUUGGAAACCCUACCGCCAAUUGCCAAGCCCCACCUGGGGGGCUCAGCCGGGAUCUCCUGUGCCUAUAAACACCAAUUUGUUUUCCAUGUUGUUGGCUGGACUGACUCACGAUCUGAAGAGCAAACCACCUGACAAAGGACUGGACUGUUCCAGAAGCUGGGUGUCUGGCUGUUGGAGGUCAGGAAGAAGGUGUUCAUUUUCCUUGCAUUUAUUUGCCCUGGGGGCUGAGAUACUAGCAGAGGGGAAGGUGCUUGGCAGGGAGGAGUAUUCUUCCCUGGCCUGAAGAGCAGAUGGCUCACAUGGUACAUACCCGUUUGGAAGAAAAAAACUGCGAACUUCAGAUGGACUUGGUGUCUGCCAAGAUUUCCACACUGAAGAACAGUGAUGGGGGGAAAUGCCAUUAAAACAUAGCAAAGUAUUUUUUUAAGCUACCAAUUGUGCCGAGAAGCAUUUUAGCAAUUUAUACAAUAUCAUCCAGUACCUUAAACCCUGAUGUGUAUGUUCAUAUAUUUUGGAUACGCUCCCCCUCCAAAUACUGGCUCUGUCUGUGUGUGAAACAGAAUCCUCUGGAAUGCGAGGAAGCGAACAUUUCGGCAACUUAACCCAGAAGCAUCAGGCCGCCACAAGUGCCUGCUUUUCCAAAAGAGGCCGCAGUCCGGAUCCCGCCUUGCCCCGGCUCGGACGCUUUGUUCUGGACCUGAACCUGGGUGCUGGCCAGCCUGCUUGAGGGUUUUACACAGAGCAGUGUGGGCCCCGACUGUCUGGAAGCGGACAGAGCUCAGAAUUCCACUGUCCGGAAGGAACAGAAGGAGGCCUGGGCCUGUCCCCCAUGGGCCUCUGGUCAGGCUGUUUCCAUGGGGACCGUGGAUCCUGGGAGCCAGAGCUGUUAAGACGUUUAUCACUGUGGAGGGAGGAUGCAGGAGCCGCGUCUUCCCCAGCAGAGGCGGGUAGCGAAGGCCAGGAAUGCCACCACCCAGAGGAGACGAGGAAAGGGGCACACAUGGCCUGUGUGCAGGGUGGCUGUGGCGCAGGCAUGUUGGCCACGUGGCCACCCACCUGUCUGUGCAGUUUAAAGCCAGGCUUUAAAUUACUUUGGGGAGGGUCAUAAAUCCUGAAGAAGGCGUUGAAAUGAGAUGUCAUGGAUUAAUUAACCUACAUCUGUGGAAUUGAGAUAUCAAACAUUAUCUUGUCAGUAUAGUUUGAUUUUAUUUGAAAACCUGACAAAGGAAGAACAAAGGUUUCAGGUGUGGAAUGUUGGGAAUUAUCUGUACAUCCUGGGACAUUAAAAAGAAAAAAAAUCGUUGAUGGAAAACUCUAGCAAGGAAGCAAAGGAAGUGAAAUCUCCAGCUCAUAAACUAGAAAUUAUUUUUUCAAGUUUAGAAUCAGCUUUCAGACAUACAUGGAAUAACUGUGGCAUUAUUGCAUUAUAUACCAUUUAUCUGUAUUAACUUUGGAAUGUACUGUGUUCAAUGUUUGAUGCUGUAGUUGAUAUUUCAAAAGCUGCUUUAAAAAAA